UUUUCUGCGGGCCGGUUGCGCGGUUGGGGAUGAGCAGUAGUGCGCGAGUCCUACGAGCAGGAGUUGCCGUGUGAUCGAGUGUGGUGGUUUGCAAGGUAAAAAAUGACAGGAGAAACAGGCUCGACAACGUUUCCCGCGCCGCCAGUCCUAUGGGCGCAAAGUAAGAGCGCGGUUUACCUCAAAGUUGCCCUGGAGGACUGCAAAAACCCCACCAUCGACCUUACCGCGGACUCGUUACACUUCAAAGGCACCGGUGGGGUAGACGCCAAGCCGCACGAAGUGACCCUCCACUUCCUUCAUCCAAUCAAGCCCGACAGCUCCAAGUAUGUGGUGCGGCCGCGGGGCACAGAGUUUGUGCUGGCCAAGGCGGAGGCAGGCCCUUUCUGGAAGCGGUUGCUACAGGAGGAGACGAAGUUUCACUGGCUCAAGGUGGACUUCAACAAGUGGGUGGACGAGGACGACUCCGGGGACGAGCUGGGUCCGGGCUCUGGCGGAGGCGACUUCGAGGAGAUGAUGCGCAGCAUGGGGGGUCUUGGAGACGACGACAUGCCCGACAUGGACCAGGCGGGUGACAGUGAUGACGAAGAGAUUCCCGACUUGGAAAGCAGCAACGACGGCAGCAAAGACGCCAGCAAGGAGUGAGGCCGAGCGUGCCGCCAAGGGGCCCGGCCGCCCCGCCCUUGUACAGAGCUAGCGCCAAAGGCCGACCCACGUCCCCCGCCUGUCCCCCUGUUCUCCGUUUUGCUACUUGCCGAGGAAUAAAGUGCACCUCCCUCCGUGACCGUGUCCAGCCUCGCCGAGGGCGCAGCGGCGGGACCGUCCGCGGCGCCGCGUCUUUUGACCAACGGCCGCCCUACUUGUCUCCGUGUGCUGCCGCUCGGGCCAGGGGUGCAGUUUUUGUUUGGGAGUGCAUCCUCAUAGUAAGGGGCUGCGCACGACUCCAAAUUCAGACAUUUUUUCAAUAAACAUCAUAGAAUUGAGUUGCA